GUUCCUUUUCCGGGUGAGCGACGCCUGGGCCCUGUCGCAGGGUGAGGAGCGGCUGCUCCCGGGGCGCUCGGGUCGCUGCUCCUCGAGUUGCUUGUUCGCGUAAACGUGAGGAAGCAGGGUGGGCCUUGCUACAAGUCGAAGAGAGGGUUUCUGGCUACAUGUCGUGACAUUCAUCGAACAGCUGCUAAAUCAGAAGUUCUGCCUUCCUCCCAUCUGUGAAUUCUGACAGACAGGUUUCGAAUAACCCUGGCUCAAGCAAAGUCAGGACAGAGUGAUGCAGGAUGCAGUUCCUCUGAAUUCAUUUUAAGACUGAAGAUUUUAUUUUCAAUUUUUUUUUAAGGUAAAACAUAGCAACAUCGGUAAGAAACCGAAUUUUAUUACCUGGCCUCAAUCAUCAAGUAGGAUUACUGCAGUUAACUGUUGCACAGCAAGGGGCAAUAUGCACUCAUUAAAUAGCCAUUGUUACACAUAGGGCAUAUUCAACUAAUGUUAUUUUAAAAUAACGUUCUCUUUUGCAUUAGGGUUCUGUAAGGUUGCUUGUUCUAAAGCAAACCUUUAUGAAAGAAGAGGAAAUCUCACCAGGUGGUUAGUGGAUAAACUAGCUAAUUUUUGCUAGCUGUAGGGUAUUGUUAAGUAUGAGCUAUUUUUAUUUAAACGCAGCUAAUUUUAUUUAAAAUGCCUUCUGCUCAUUUACUCUAAAGCUGUUUCCCCAGACUCAUUAAGAAGAACGUAAUGAGGUAGAAAACCAUUUAAAAUGAUUUUUUUCAUAUAUAUUUGUGAUAUAAAUUGAUUGCUAAGGAAAAUAGAUAUUAUUACAGUCUAUGAGCAAAUUAUAUAAGAAGAACAUAAAGGGAUAUUAAGAUACAAGGAUAUUAAUUGUUCUUUGUUGUGAUACCAUUAUUUAUGCCAGGCUUUGAUGCAGAACAUUUAUUCAUAUGUAAGUUUUAAAAAAUAUGCUUGUGAACCAGUGCAUAGAAAAAAUAGUAUGCCAUCAUUGUUUGUGUAAUUCUUGAUCUGAUUAUGUCAGAUUUUCCUUGGAAAAACAAACUCAUUUUGUUGUAACACACCUUGCAUUUCUUGAAUCUUGUUGGGCCAUAGUUAGGUGGAAGAUCUCGUUUGUAAGCCAAAGAGUGGGGUAAAUAUAUAGUGGUUAAAUUUUGAAGUUUGGAUUAAAUUUGGAUUAUUAUUUUUUUUACAGAAACAAACAUCUGGACAUCUAGAGAAUAUAUCAGUUAUUAUAUCAAAGACAUUUUCAUGCAUUUUUUGGAUUUGAUAGCAGUCCCAAAGUAUUUAUUGUAUAUUCUCUACUUUUCCUACCUGCAGUAGAGGAGUAUGUAUUUUGAGACUGGCUGUGUCCAGAAGACAUUUCUGGUUAUUUUCACAUCAGUUCUGUUCAAGAGGGGCAGAUGGCAGUACGAACCAGUUAUCACAAACUUCAGUGGACAUGCAUUUUUCCUUAUCCUUAGUGUUAAUGGUCAUACAUAUUUCAUGUGCAUUUAGUGGAAUGUCUUAUUUUGUGAAGAGAGGGGGCGGUACUGGGAGCUCUGCCUCUGCUGGUACUCAGGUUUCUCCUGUUUAUCAGACAAUGAAAUGCUAGAGGUCUUUCAGGACCAAAAUGAUCUCAAAUUGUCUUGUAUUCUUCCCUAGGGAUGAUUUUUUUGUUAGUAAUAACUUCGGUGUUACAUGCCACUUGGCAGGGGCAGUAGCUGACUGGACCUUUGAAGAGACAAGAUGCGUCUUAGAAGUUGUUCCUCUCUCUAUGGUGUUUGAAACCCUAAUCAAAGGUUUUUCAAGCAGCUAUCACAUCAACAGAGUGCCCCUAGGUAGUGUCAUCUGUCUUGAAGAGAGACUAUAUAAAGCUGCAGCCUGGUACUUAGCAAAGAUACAAGAUAGGUUAUAUCUUGGUAGAAUUGCCUCUUGUGGGACAGACAUAGCUGAAAGGACACAGAGUGUCAAGGAAAGAAUUAUAUUUAAAUGUUCCAUUUUAUCCAUUGUCCAACGUGGAACUCUCUCUUCGCACAUGUACAGAGGGAAGAAAAAAAAAAGGAGAAGUAGCAGGGCAUGCAUAGGGAAAGAAAGAGUACUUAAAUUACUUAGAAACAUUUAGUAAGGAAUCACAGGUGGAUGCUUCUACUGCUGUGAAUGUUGAGACAGAACUGAUGGAUUCUGCUGUGACAGCUAGUAAAGGUUGCUGUUAGAAGACUUUCAUCAUCACAGAUGACCAGGAAAGUGAAAUUUGCAGCAAUGAAAUGGCAAAUCUUCAUCACAUGAGAUACAGAAUAUAAUAAAAAAUAACUUGUAAAGUGAGAUUAAUGUUUAAAGUAUAUUUGCUUGCUUACCAUGAUUACCUAAAGGAAGUAGGAACGUUAUUAAUCAUGGUUUCUUUCUCUACAUGUGCCAUGCAUAUUCAUUUGCCUGUGAUAUUUAACUAUUGUACUUUUACCUGUUUGGGUGUCUACUGCACCAAACAUUUGUCUCUGCAUGACUGACAGACAUUAAUUUUAAAGGGACUUCUGUUGAUUCCAUUGAAGCAGGAUACAGAGCAGUGGGGGUAGCCUACUUACAUAUGUACCAUGCGGUCUAAUUUUAACACCUUCUACUGGUUAGAAGCAGUACAGUAUUUUAUUUUUUUUUCACAGAACUGAGCUGAUCUAAUAAGAUACCUGUCCUGAACUUGUGUUGUACAGAGCCAACCCCGGGUUUUAACAUAGCCCUCUCAAUUCUGGAAUUCUGGAUGUGGAGCUACCCAACUGUCUCUGGAAGGAGUCGCACAAAGUCCUCAAGCUCCAGGGAUGAGGUGCUACAAGACAAACGUGCCCGGAUCCUGUCACGAGGGCUGCCAAAACAAAAGCCCAUAGAAGGAGUUAAGCAGGUGCUGGUUGUGGCUUCUGGAAAAGGGGGAGUUGGGAAAUCAACAGCAGCAGUAAAUAUAGCCCUUGCCCUAGCAGCAAAUGAUUCGACAAAAGAAGUUGGUUUGCUUGAUGCAGACAUAUACGGGCCUUCAAUUCCAAAGAUGAUGAACCUUAAAGGAAACCCAGAAUUAACACCAAAAAAUCUAAUGAGGCCCCUUAAGAACUAUGGAAUCGCAUGCAUGUCCAUGGGCUUCUUGAUAGAGGAGACCGCCCCAGUUGUGUGGAGAGGACUCAUGGUCAUGUCAGCUGUUGAGAAGUUGUUGAGACAGGUUGACUGGGGUCAGCUGGACUAUUUAGUAAUAGAUAUGCCGCCUGGGACUGGAGAUGUACAGCUGUCAGUGUCACAGAAUAUUCCAGUUGCAGGAGCUGUGAUCAUCUCCACUCCACAAGAUGUGGCUUUAUUGGAUGCACGCAAGGGAGCUGAAAUGUUUAGAAAAGUCCACGUACCUGUUUUAGGACUAGUACAAAAUAUGAGUGUUUUCCAAUGUCCCAAAUGUAAACAUGAGACACAUAUUUUUGGAGCUGAUGGUGUAAGAGAUCUAGCAAAAACCCUUGGAUUGGAUGUUCUAGGAGACAUUCCACUGCAUGUUAAUAUACGGGAGACUUGUGAUUCAGGGCAGCCUGUUGUGAUCUCACAACCUCAGAGUGAUGCCGCUAAAGCAUAUCUAAAGAUAGCUAUGGAAAUAGUAAGACGACUGCCAGUACCUCCAGCUUGAAGUGUUUAUCACAAACUAACCAGCAAAGUGAUCUUUUGGUGUGGCUAACACAAGAGUCCUGCUACUUAAUUCUGUGGACACCAGUCUUUAUGAAAGAGCUUUUCUGGGAAUUAAUUUAUCAGAGUUUAAAUUAUGAUUGUCAUAUUUACUGGUUUCCAAAUCAUUAUUUGGCCAUGUCCAAAUGGAUUCAAGUAUGCAGAAGAUGAUAGAUGAUACGUAACUGCUGGAUUGUAACGUCAUCGAGCAAGAAGGGACAAAGUACAUCUUUCUUAUGUGCCCUGUUUUAAGGUCAGGAAUGAAAAACAGCCUCUCCAGCCAAGCAGAAUGAGGAGAAGGAUGUCAAGAUAUAAGACCUACUUAAAAAGUGACAUUUGCAAUGCUAUAAUUUCUGUAAAUUUUCGUUGAGCUUUUUACUUGCUGAAACCACCAAGCUGACCUUAACCUGUGCAAAAUUUUAAGUAGAAAAUUCAGUUACGUAAUUGCAGUACAUGUUGCAUUCGUCUUUAAAUAAAUAAAAGAUAGAUCUGCAUAUACUCUGAAGAAUUCUUAUGAUGGAUCAUGAAAAAAUUCAUUUGUUAUUGGAUAAUGUUCGAUCAUGAAGUAAUUCAGUCUACUGGGUAAUGGAUGACAUGACCCUUAGGCUUAUUUCUUGACUGCUUUGCAUUAUAAUGGACCCAGACAGAAGACAAGGUAACUGAGGUCUUCACUGAAAAUGCCAGAGCUCAGUUUGCCAGGGGAUGCGAACAUUCAAGAUACAUUAAAUUCAUGAUUGCAUGUUCCUCUUACAAUGCAGCAACUUGGAAUUUAAGUGUAAAGAUACAGUUCUGAAGCAAAGAAAACUUUGGUCAUCAAACUGCACAGCCUUCUGGUUUUCUUUUUUUAUUGCCUUAUAUUCUGUGAUCUUUAUUUUUGUGUUGGUGUGUUGAAGUAAAAGAAUAUGCCUUCAGGGAAUGAGUUCCCAUUCACAGUCAGAUGUUUGAGCUGACAUUUAGGCUUUUUCAUCCACCCAGUAAAGUAUACGCAUCCUAAACAUGCAUCUUAACCAUACAGGGAGCUUAACCACACUAAGGAGUUCUGCUAUUGAUCUCUGUGGGACCAAGAUUUUUCCCUGUAGUCCAAAUAAUUAUACAUACAUUUUGAAUUAGUUGUUUUUCCUUACUGAAGCGAUACAAGAUAAAAAGUUGGUAUCCAUUUACAUUAGGAACAUUAAAAUCGUAUUACCCGGAAUUUAGAUGGGGAAGGUAGGCCUAAAUUAUGGGUUGAAUUUCAAGCUUAGUUGAUUUUGCAGAUACAUAAGUUAUGUACUCCUAAGCCUUAUUUUAUUUUAUUUUUCUUCAAGUCUGUUUCUAUACAUGUACAUGAGCCUUCCCUUCUGUGCACUGUCCCAUGCGAUCACUUAUUGGUGUUUUGUUUUUUCAGUAGCAUGUUAGCCCAGGCCUGUAGAGUUGACACAAAUACUCAGAUCCUUUCAGUUGUUGAAUAGAUUUUACAAAAAUUAAAGGUGGCUCAAUGAUCUGUUUUUUAUUUUAUUGAUAACAUUUUUUUUUAUUGAGUUUUUCUGUACAUAUUUUUUUCUGCUUUAGCUAUUGUAAUAGUUGAUAUUUAUGUCUACAAUUAAUCCUGUGGUGGCUUUGGAAUAGUAGAAUCAACAUUUUCAGUGGGAAGAAUGGGAAAAAGAUCAUCUUCUGAACCUCACUCUAAAAAAGUUUGUGAGUGUCUCUGACACCUAAUUCAUGUUGAGCGUGGGUGAACAAUGAGCAUACAGAUACAAGGUUGGUUGUUUUUCCUUUAUCUCGUUAUUUCUUGGGUAGUUGAUGGUUGAAAUUUGCUUUAAAUGUCCUUUUUUAACUCAUUUUUACUUUUUCUCCUCCUGUAAUGAAGCAUUUGCUGUGUUGAAUCUUUCACCUGUAGAAUUAUUUUAAUGCAUUUUUAUCAGUGAAAGAGGUUGUGAUUAAAUAUGAUCAUAAUUC